CCCUCCUCCGCCGUCUCUAGGGUGUGCCCGCCGCUGUCGGUGCCUCAUCGCCACCGCAGAGCCUCUGCUGCGGGCCUCGAGGACGUGGGGUCCCGGCCCCGCGCUGGCCGCGCCGCUGUGGUUGUGCACAGCCCCCGGCGUCCCUACCAGGCACCAGGCCCCCGGCGUCCCUACCAGGCACCAUGGACUGGAAGACACUCCAGGCCCUGCUGAGCGGCGUGAACAAGUACUCCACAGCCUUUGGGCGCAUCUGGCUGUCCGUGGUGUUCGUCUUCCGGGUGCUGGUGUACGUGGUGGCCGCAGAGCGUGUGUGGGGGGAUGAACAGAAGGACUUUGACUGCAACACCAAGCAGCCAGGCUGCGCCAACGUCUGCUAUGACAACUUCUUCCCCAUCUCCAAUAUCCGCCUCUGGGCCCUACAGCUCAUCUUCGUCACCUGCCCCUCGCUGCUGGUCAUCCUGCACGUGGCCUACCGUGAGGAGCGGGAGCGGAAGCACCGCCAGAAGCACGGGGACCAGUGCACCAAGCUGUAUGACAACGCAGGCAAGAAGCACGGCGGCCUGUGGUGGACGUACCUGCUCAGCCUCAUCUUCAAGCUCACCAUCGAAUUCCUCUUCCUCUACGUGCUGCACACUCUCUGGUACGGCUUCAGCAUCCCACGCCUGGUACAGUGCUCCGUGGUGCCCUGCCCCAAUACCGUGGACUGCUACAUCGCCCGGCCCACGGAGAAGAAGGUCUUCACCUACUUCAUGGUGAGCGCCUCUGCCAUCUGCAUCGUGCUCACCAUCAGCGAGAUCUGCUACCUGAUCUUCCACAGGAUCCUCAGAGGCAUGCGCAAGAACAGGUCCCCAGGCAGCCGCAACCCCAGAUCCUCAGCCAGCCGGGCCUCCACCUGCCGCUGCCACGGGAAGCUGGUAGAGGCUGGGGAGUUGGUCCCGGACUCCGGCUGUGAGAAGCUGCCUGCUUCAGCACCCACCCUGACCCCCAUCUGACCACAGGCUGGGAAGCGACACCGGGUCUGCAGAUGGGGGACAGGUCAGGAGGUCUCGCACCUGUGGAGGGGUCCAAAGGUGCUGGGUGCCCCCACUCUGAAUUCACCAAGCGAUCCAAUUUUGGUUUUGGCAGAAACUUUUUGAGCGCUGAGCACUGUGCUGAUCACCUGGGUAGAUAGAGGCCACACCACAGGCCCACUGCCAGCCCUCAGGGGAGACAGACAUUGAAACAAGCACAUUAACUAGUAUGCAAGGGGAUGCUUAGGCCACUCAUCGCAGAGCUUCUGAAACCUAACCCAGGAGGGGGUGAUCAGGCCAGCCUCCCCUGAGGCUGCAAUGUUUAAGAGAGGUGAGAAGUGCUUGGAGCAGAGAGAAUGGCAGCUGCAGAGGCCUGGAGGCCACCAGAAGAGAGAUGCUUGGGGGUGUGGGAGGGGGGGAUGUGCCAGACCAAAAAGAAUUUUCCUUCCCUUGGAAGAGGCACCCAGAUCCCUGCAGUGCAGAGGAAGAAUUCUCCAAGCAGUGGGAGGCCUGGAGUCCUGAGAAUGGACUUGGGAAGCUGAGGAGGAGCCCCUGGUGAUACCAACCCCCUGCUCGGGGCACCCAGGCACCCUCUGAGUCCCCACUGCUCUCAGGGAAAGUCCCCCUCCCCCAGGUUCCACUCUGCCAGCCUCAGGAAUCUUUGCUCCCGUCUUUCCCCACAAAUGUGCUCCAUCUGGUGCCAGUCUUUCCAACCCUGCUCGGUGGGACUCAGGGUCAUUGUCCUGAUAGGAACACCCCCACAGCCGUUUUCCUUGAAAUCAAUAAAGGCUGUGUUUUAUACAGGUUGGCUCCGUCCUCUCUUC